AUGGAGCUCAUCCAGGCCACACAGUCUAACCCAGCCAAUGGUUCUUUACUCUUUAACGCCACUUGCCCAAACUGCACUAAAACUAAGCCUGGAUCCCUCCCUGGUCUGGCUGGAAUCUUCAUCCCUCUUAUUUAUGGGAUAGUCUGUGUUGUUGGUUUGGUGGGGAACACUCUGGUUAUCCAUGUUGUCAUCAACUACACUAAGAAUGAGUCAGUCACAAACAUCUACAUCCUCAAUCUAGCCAUUGCAGAUGAGCUUUUUAUGCUGGGUCUGCCCUUCUUGGCAGCGCAGAACGCUUUGCUCUCGUGGCCCUUUGGAUCUCUAAUGUGCCGUGUGGUCAUGACAGUGGAUGCCAUCAACCAGUUUAACAGCAUCUUCUGUCUGACUGUGAUGUCAGUGGACCGAUACUUGGCAGUGGUGCACCCCAUCCGGUCCUCUUGGUGGCGGUGCCCCCAUGUGGCCAAGGCUAUCAGUGGCACAGUCUGGACAGGGUCCUUUGUGGUGGUGCUGCCAGUGGUGGUGUUUGCAGAUGUGCUGUAGGAUGAUGGGAAUGGCAGUAUCGUGUGGCCUGAACCAGCAGAAGUGUGGAAACUUAUUGUGUACACGUGCACUGUUGCCUUCUUCCGCCCCCUGCUGGUCAUCUGCCUGUGCUACCUGCUGAUCGUCAUCAAGCAGCACCUGACAUGUAUCAUCGUCUGCAGGACGGCGGCAGUGAAAUGCAGGAACAAGGCGUGGAAGCUGUGUUGA